GGCGAGUUCAAGUUUGAGUUGCUCGUAAACUUUUCAACUCGAUCAGCACGGCAGCACCCAAUUCCCAAGUCCCAGCGAAAUUCCCGGCUAAUAUUACACCACGUAUGCAACAACGUUCACAUGAAAUCCCACUAAAAACCGUUUUUGUCAAUUUGUCAUUCCUCCAAACCCGGGAAAAUAUCGACGUGGUGUGUCAAUUACACUAUUUUCAGUUUUGCGUCACCACUUCACUCGGCCUUACUCUCAGCGCCACCGUCUCCGACUCCACAAAUUGUUGGUGCGCCGCCGUUCCCUCGCUAUCUAGUGGAUCACCUCUGUCCAUUUUCCUCUUCUCCUCCUUCGAUUAUUUCGACAAGGCAAGAAGUGUAAAAGAUGGCUGCUGAAAUUGUAAAUGGGCCAACCCAUUUUGAAUUAAAUACAGGCACUAAGAUUCCAUCAGUUGGUCUUGGUACCUGGAAAGCUGCUCCUGGUGAAGUUGGCCAAGCUGUUAUUCAUGCUAUUAAGGCCGGCUAUAGACAUAUCGACUGUGCUUCUGUUUAUGGUAAUGAGCCAGAGGUAGGUGAGGCCCUUAAGGAGUUAUUCAACAACGGAAUAGUGAAACGCGAGGAACUCUGGAUCACAUCGAAGCUCUGGUGCAGUGAUCAGGCCCCAGAAGAUGUCUCCAAGGCCCUGAGCAAGACUCUCAAGGACCUGCAGCUUGACUACAUUGAUCUGUAUCUUAUUCACUGGCCAAUUCGUACUAAACCAGGCUCACAGGGAAUUAGCGAUGCUAUGGUUCCGUUGUGCCUUCCUGAAACAUGGGCUGCAAUGGAGGGUUUAUAUGCUUCUGGUCAGGCACGUGCCAUUGGCGUGAGCAACUUCUCCACCAAGAAGCUGGAAAAUUUGCUUGGUUAUGCCAAGGUUCCUCCUGCUGUGAACCAGGUUGAGUGCCACCCUGUAUGGCAGCAACCGGCCCUUCACAAUCUGUGCAAUUCUACUGGUGUUCACUUGACUGCUUACUCUCCCUUGGGAUCUCCAGGGAACUGGAAGGGAGAUAUCUUGAAGGAUCAAGUAGUGGUUGAGAUAGCUGAGAAGCUUAACAAAACACCUGCACAAAUAGCCCUUCGCUGGGGCAUCCAGAGUGGUCAUAGUGUCCUUCCUAAGAGUGUAAAUGAGUCCCGUAUCAGAGAGAAUCUCGAUAUUCUUGACUGGUCAAUUCCAUCAGAGCUCUUCUCCAAGUUUUCUAACAUUAACCAGCGGAGGCUUCUUCGUGGAGAUUUUGCAAUUAGUGAAACUGGCCCUUACAAAAGCGUGGAGGAGCUAUGGGAUGGUGAAAUAUGAUGGCAGUAAAGAUCUUAAGAUUUAACCAUUUUUCUUAUAAUACUCCCUUCCCUCGUAGUAAUCGUUGUGGACCUCCGAUUAUUUGAAACUUUUGAUUCAGAGUUAUUGACAAACUUUUCCUUGUCACAUAAAGGAAAAAAGGUUCAUCUGUCUGUAUGGAUAAAACCCUAUGCUUCUAUAGUAAGUCUCGAAUUCAAGUGAUUGAAGAGCA